UCCUCGAGACACACAGAGUUUUACCUGGAAUAUUUCAAACGCUUCCAAUUUGUGGUGUGUGACGCGGGGUCAGGUCCGAGCCAAGGGGUUUCCAUGACGAUGAGCGAGCACCCUGGUUGGUGGACGGUACCACUGCAGGAGUUCUGUGUGUAGAAAGAGAGGAAGGGGAAUGUCUUUAGCUAACUAGGGGCAGGAAUAACCUAGCAACAGGAAACCAGGAGGAAGAAGUUCCUGCGAUGUCAGUGAAGGUGACCCCUGUGACCCCUGCUGGCCCCGCCCACCCCCAGCCCUGCUCUCCGCCACUCAUCGUUCUGCAGGAUAUGGAGGGGGAGACAGAGGAGAGGGGCGAGGUACACAGGUGUUUAAGGAGCUCCGGUGUGCAGGUUCCAUUCAACAUGAACAACAGCAACAGCAACGAGGAAGAGGAACAGAAGAAGAAGACAAGUAAAAAGGAGAGGAAAGAGAAAAAGGAGAGGAAAGAGAAAAAGGAGAAAGAAAAACAGGAGAAAAGGGAGAGAAAGGAACAGAAGAAGAAGGAGAAAGAGGAGAAGGAGUUGAAGGAGAAAGAGGAGAAGGAGAAGAAGGAGAAAGAGGAGAAGGCCAAAGCUGAAGCGCCUAAAGAGAUCACAGUGAUAGACCCAGCAGGUAACAUGUAUUAUAACUGGCUCCUUGUCAUCACCAUUCCUGUAAUGUACAACUGGACCCUCAUCAUAGCCAGGGCCAGUUUUGAGGAGCUCCAGACAGACUUUCUGAUCUACUGGUUCAUCAUAGACUGUGUCUCUGAUGUGGUCUACCUGGCGGAUAUGGUGUUCAGGACCAGGACAGGUUACCUGGAACAGGGUCUGUUGGUGAAGGAUCAGAAGAAGCUGAUAGAUCGCUACAUAAACAGUCUCCAGUACAAACUAGACCUGAUCUCCAUGAUCCCUACUGACAUCUUCUAUGUGUACUUCGGACUCAACUACCCCGAGAUACGACUCAACAAGCUGUUCAGAAUCAACAGGAUGUUGGAGUUCUUUCAGAGGACAGAGACUAGGACCAACUUCCCCAACGUUCUGCGUAUCUCCAUCCCUCCCUUGUUCCCUCUCUCUCUCUACCUCCAUCGAUCCAUUCAUCCCUCAAUCUCUCUCUAUGUUAUCACCAGGAUGUUGGAGUUCUUUCAGAGGACAGAGACUAGGACCAACUUCCCCAACGUUCUGCGUAUCUCCAACCUCGUCAUGUACAUCGUCAUCAUCAUACACUGGAACGCUUGUCUUUACUACUCUUUCUCCAAGGCGAUUGGUUUCGGAGCUAAUAAGUUUGUGUACCCCGACACGACGGACCCUGAGUUUGGCCGUUUGGUCCGGAAAUAUGCCUACAGCAUGUACUGGUCGACCCUGACACUCACAACUAUCGGAGAGACUCCUCCCCCUGUACAGAACUCUGAGUACUUCUUCGUCGUCACAGACUUCCUGGUUGGCGUGUUGAUCUUUGCUACCAUCGUCGGUAACGUCGGUUCCAUGAUCACCAACAUGAACGCUGCCAGGGCAAACUUCCAGGCCAGGAUAGAUGCCAUCAAACAGUACAUGACUUUCAGAAAGGUCACCAAGGACCUGGAGAAGAGGGUGAUCAAGUGGUUUGACUACCUGUGGACCAAUAAGAAGGCAGUAGAUGAGAGGGAGGUGCUAAAGUUCCUUCCUGAUAAACUCAGGGCUGAGAUCGCUAUCAACGUACACCUGGACACACUGAAGAAGGUGCGUAUCUUUGCUGACUGUGAGGCUGGUCUCCUGGUAGAGUUGGUAUUGAAGCUUCAGCCUCAGGUCUACAGUCCAGGUGAUUACAUCUGUAAGAAGGGAGACAUCGGACGAGAGAUGUACAUCAUCAAGGAAGGGAAGCUGGCCGUUGUCGCCGACGACGGGAUCAAACAGUUCGUUGUCCUUAGCGAUGGGAGCUACUUCGGGGAGAUCAGUAUUCUGUCCAUAAAGGGUUCCAGGGCUGGAAACAGGAGGACUGCUAACAUCAGGAGUGUUGGGUACUCUGACCUGUUCUGCCUCUCUAAAGACGACCUCAUGGAGGCCUUGUCGGAGUAUCCUGAUGCUAAAGCCAUGUUGGAGGAGAAGGGACGGCAGAUCCUGAUGAAGGACAACCUGCUGGACCUGGAGGUGGCGGCGCAGGGCCCGGACCCCAAGGACAUGGAAGAGAAGGUGGAGAGGAUGACAGCAACGCUGGAGUCCCUCCAGACGCGAUACGCCCGGCUCCUCGCCGAACACGAGGCGGGCCAGAGCAGACUGAAACGCAGAGUCACCCGGCUGGAGAAGAAAGUGGUGGCUCCAGUCCAGGAGGUCGAGGAGCUAGGGGUGGAGAUGGGUACCGUGGCAACCACAGAGUAGAAGAAAUAGUCCCGCUGUUCUGUGUUCAUUAUGUUUUUGAGGAAGGUCUUACCUACCUACUAUAGUUGACUGACUGGACGUCGCUCUGGGUGUUCGCUAAAUUACCAUAAUGUAACGAUGUCAGAGCAAAGCAGAGCAACGUGGUUGGGAAAGGAACACUGAACAACAACAGCACGUGUCAAUGGCAUCCAGGUGGUAGAGGAAUUAGAGUGACACCAAGAGUUGACUGACCUCUCAGUAUCUGGAGUGGGUUGUUCCACAGGUGACCAAAAGAGCCAUAGGGGAAAACAGCAUAGUCUACUUGAUAUACAGUCUUUUCUGAAUCGGUACAAAGAGAAUGACAGAUCAGAAUAACUUUUUAUUGUUGUUGUCUUGUUCUGUCCACCAAAUAUUCACCACCACUUGAUGUAUAACCUCUAAAAGCCCCAUGAUGUAUAACCUCUAAAAGCCCCAUGAUGUAUAACCUCUAAAAGCCCCAUGAUGUAUAACCUCUAAAAGCCCCAUGAUGUAUAACCUCUAAAAGCCCCAUGAUGUAUAACCUCUAAUAGCCCCAUGAUGUAUAAACUCUAAAAGCCCCAUGAUGUAUAACCUCUAAAAGCCCCAUGAUGUAUAACCUCUAAAAGCCCCAUGAUGUAUAACCUCUAAAAGCCCCAUGAUGUAUAACCUCUAAAAGCCCCAUGAUGUAUAACCUCUAAAAGCCCCAUGAUGUAUAACCUCUAAAAGCCCCAAAAGCCCCAUGAUGUAUAACCUCUAAAAGCCCCAUGAUAAAUAACCUUUAAAAGCCCCAUGAUGUAUAACCUCUAAAAGCCCCAUGAUAAAUAACCUUUAAAAGCCCCAUGAUGUAUAACCUCUAAAAGCCCCAUGAUAAAUAACCUUUAAAAGCCCCAUGAUGUAUAACCUCUAAAAGCCCCAUGAUAAAUAACCUUUAAAAGCCCCAUGAUGUAUAACCUUUAAAAGCCCCAUGAUGUAUAACCUCUAAAAGCCCCAUGAUAAAUAACCUUUAAAAGCCCCAUGAUGUAUAACCUCUAAAAGCCCCAUGAUGUAUAACCUCUAAAAGCCCCAUGAUGUAUAACCUCUAAAAGCCCCAUGAUGUAUAACCUCUAAAAGCCCCAUGAUGUAUAACCUCUAAAAGCCCCAUGAUGUAUAACCUCUAAAAGCCCCAAAAGCCCCAUGAUGUAUAACCUCUAAAAGCCCCAUGAUAAAUAACCUUUAAAAGCCCCAUGAUGUAUAACCUCUAAAAGCCCCAUGAUAAAUAACCUUUAAAAGCCCCAUGAUGUAUAACCUCUAAAAGCCCCAUGAUAAAUAACCUUUAAAAGCCCCAUGAUGUAUAACCUCUAAAAGCCCCAUGAUAAAUAACCUUUAAAAGCCCCAUGAUGUAUAACCUUUAAAAGCCCCAUGAUGUAUAACCUCUAAAAGCCCCAUGAUAAAUAACCUUUAAAAGCCCCAUGAUGUAUAACCUCUAAAAGCCCCAUGAUGUAUAACCUCUAAAAGCCCCAUGAUGUAUAACCUCUAAAAGCCCCAUGAUGUAUAACCUCUAAAAGCCCCAUGAUGUAUAACCUCUAAAAGCCCCAUGAUGUAUAACCUCUAAAAGCCCCAAAAGCCCCAUGAUGUAUAACCUCUAAAAGCCCCAUGAUAAAUAACCUUUAAAAGCCCCAUGAUGUAUAACCUCUAAAAGCCCCAUGAUAAAUAACCUUUAAAAGCCCCAUGAUGUAUAACCUCUAAAAGCCCCAUGAUAAAUAACCUUUAAAAGCCCCAUGAUGUAUAACCUCUAAAAGCCCCAUGAUAAAUAACCUUUAAAAGCCCCAUGAUGUAUAACCUUUAAAAGCCCCAUGAUGUAUAACCUCUAAAAGCCCCAUGAUAAAUAACCUUUAAAAGCCCCAUGAUGUAUAACCUCUAAAAGCCCCAUGAUGUAUAACCUCUAAAAGCCCCAUGAUGUAUAACCUCUAAAAGCCCCAUGAUAAAUAACCUUUAAAAGCCCCAUGAUGUAUAACCUCUAAAAGCCCCAUGAUGUAUAACCUCUAAAAGCCCCAUGAUGUAUAACCUCUAAAAGCCCCAUGAUAAAUAACCUUUAAAAGCCCCAUGAUGUAUAACCUUUAAAAGCCCCAAAAGCCCCAUGAUGUAUAACCUUUAAAAGCCCCAUUAUGAAUAACCUUUUAAAAGCCCCAUUAACAAUAACCUUCAAAAUAAAUGAUUGUUAUUAUUUGUUGUUUAGAAAGUGAUUUAUUUUAUAUUAUUAUGUAAUAUAUUCUCACUAUUAAAGUAUCCGAUGUCUCUAGGUGAUAUCUGAUGUAAAAUACUACUUCAUUGAUAUGUGAUAUCUGAUGUAAAAUACUACUUCAUUGAUAUGUGAUAUCUGAUGUAAAAUACUACUUCAUUGAUAGGUGAUAUCUGAUGUAAAAUACUACUUCAUUGAUAUGUGAUAUCUGAUGUAAAAUACUACUUCAUUGAUAGGUGAUAUCUGAUGUAAAAUACUACUUCAUUGAUAGGUGAUAUCUGAUGUAAAAUACUACUUCAUUGAUAGGUGAUAUCUGAUGUAAAAUACUACUUCAUUGAUAGGUGAUAUCUGAUGUAAAAUACUACUUCAUUGAUAGGUGAUAUUUGAUGUAAUAUUAUUAACAAUAAUACAUACUUUAUUAUGCUGCACAGUAGAAUUUAUAUAAUUUCCAAACGAUCCACAACAUACAGUCGGCCUACAAACAUUUGGUAAAUUACAAACAAUAAAUUAUUACAGUAUUUGAAGUGUCAAAAUACUUAUUAUAGUAGGCCUAGCCUUUAGAAAGCUGAUGGGAUCCUCCUCUUUUUAAUAGAGGCCAUCUGUCACGCCUUGGUCUUAGUAUUUUGUGUUUUCUUUAAUUAUUUGUUCAGGCCAGGGUGUGACAUGGGUUUAUUGUGUUGUCGUAUUGGGGUUUUUGUAGGCAUUGGGAUUGUGGCUGAUUAGGGGUGUGUCUAGCAUAGGCCUACUUAUUGAAUAUGUUUAAUUAAUCAAUCAUUGAACGGAUCAAUGGAUAGGUGAAUUGGUGGUUUGGUUGGAUCAAUAUGUUGGAAAUAAAAGCUAGUUGUUGUAAAGUAUUGUUACCGUAGUGAUGAGCGAUGGUAUAGUAUAAAGUUGAAGCACUGCAAUAAAGACAUUUUAUAAGGAA